CCUACUUCUCUCUCUCUCCCUCUCCGGUCUCUCUCUCCACCGAACCCUCACCACACCUCCUCAUACACCGUCUCUCUCUCUCUCUCUUCUGUGUUUCACUCCUCGGCCGGGGCAGGAAAAGGAGCGGUAGCAGCGGAGAGCAACGAAGGCUGAUAUCGAUAACAGGAAGGGGAAGUGGGCAGUGACCUGAGUGAGAGAGGGCUGUGGUCACUCGUUGGCCACUGGAUGAGUCAGAACAUCGGAGGUGAGAGAACGAGAGACGAGGGAAAACCUGUUGGACUCUCUCACCUGUGGGGAAUAGUCUUGACCGCCCGAGGAGGGAUACAGACAUUUCUGGGUAAAACUCAACAGUUGGAAGGAUUAGAGUUUAACCUCUAUUCUGAAGGAUUAGAGCACUACCUGCUUCUGUUCCCACAUUCCAUACGACUCCCCAAAGAGUCUGUGGUUCUGGGAUAUUCAAGAGGAAACAUCUGAUCCGACCUCAUCACCGACUUUAUCACCUUAACAAAGGAAUUUCUACAGAAACCCGAGGGGGAGAGAGAAAUCCCUGCUCGUCCAAAGUCACCUGCUGUGGUCAAGUCUACAUCUGACGAGGAGAAGAGGGAAGUACGGGCGUCGAGCCGGUGGUUUGACCCCCUGCUGUGGUAACGACCACAAGCCACUAAUUCACACCCGAGCCUGCCAAGUACAGUUUGUCUGAGCGAGGGAACACCUGCAGGGAUUCAAGGUCCGAUCCUCGUCUGGUUUGGACUCUUCCUCGUGAUGAUGGCUUGGCUCCAGCUGUGGACCAUGGGGCUCAUGGCCACGAUGGCCUUAUCCGUCUCUCUCGCCAUUGCGGAAGUCUCUGACCUUCCGGUGGCGGAAACAGAGAAACACGGCGCCUUCGGAAUCGUGAAGAAGGAGACGCAUCCCGUCCUGAUCAGGCAGAAGAGAGCCUGGAUCUGGAACUCGCUCUACGUGGAAGAGGAAAAGCCUGCACCCAUUCCCUACAAGAUAGGACAACUGAAGUCCACCCAGAAGGUGGAGGUGAAGAGAUUUAGGAUAGAGGGUGAAGGAGCGAACACCAUCUUCACCGUGGAUGCCAAAGGAGACCUGUACGUCACCAGGCUCCUGGACCGAGAGGAGAAGAGCUCGUACCAUCUGGUCGCCAAGAUGUUUGACGGGAACAACAAGCUCAUAGAGGACACUGGAGAGUUUAUUGUGCAGGUCAAUGACAUCAACGACAACAUUCCCGUGUUCCCCAGAACGUACAAUGGGUCCAUUAUGGAGAGGUCUGCCAUAGGAACCAAAGUGGAGGAGGUGAAGGCGACUGAUGCCGACGACCCGACCAGCGCCAACGCAGAGCUCAAGUAUUCUCUGACCCGAGAUGGAGACACCUCUGCUUUCGCCAUCGACAGCACCACAGGUGUGAUCAGCUGCAACGUGAACACACUGGACCGGGAGACUAAGAGUCAGUAUGUGGUGGUGGUCAAAGCUCAGGACCUGAGAGGACUCGCUGCUGGCAACACGGCCACCACCUCCGUCACCAUCACCAUCACAGACACCAACGACAACAUCGCCUCCUUCGCCCAAAAGGUCUAUUGGCUGGAGGUUCCAGAGGACCAAAAGCUGAAUGAGAAGAUCGGGACUCUAGAGCUGGAGGACAGAGAUCAGAUCCAGAACAAAGAACCCAUCUUUACCAUUCUGAAUGAGAACAGCAAGGUGUUUAACAUUGAGCUCAGCGCCAGCAAGGACGGGAACCUCAUGCUCAAGCAGGCAUUGGACUACGAGACAAUGAGCAGCUACACCAUCAACGUCCAGGUGCGGGAGAACCUGAGGAAUCUGCGUUUUCCUGCGGACAACGUGAACAGCGCCCUCACCGCGGCUCAGGUGAACAUCAAGGUGCUGGACGUGGACGAGCCUCCAGUCUUCUCUCAGCCCAUCUACACCUUCACCGUGGUAGAAGAACGCAUGGUGAACAACAUCGGAGUCAUCACGGCCCGGGAUCCUGACAAAGCCAAGUUGACCAUACGAUACUCCAUCUUGGACAAAGACUGUCCUAUCAGCAUCAACCCGCUCACGGGACAGCUGUCCACCCUGAGGACAUUAGACAGGGAACUGGAGGCCACACACAUGUUUCAAGUCAAGGCGCAGGAGGAGCCCAGUGGUUUGGAGUCUUUCGUGAAAGUGAACAUCAACGUUCAGGACAUUAACGACAACAAGCCCGAGCUGGCAGUGGACGAGAUCUUUGUGUGUGAGAACGACGUCACUAAUACGGUGAUCGGAACCUUGAGAGCUACAGAUAAAGACGACCAGCUGCCGUCUUUCAGCUUCGGCCUCAGCAGUGAGAGCUCCAACUUCUCCAUCAGAGACUACGGCA